AUGGAGGCGGGGUUGUUGGUUUGGGCUUGGCGUGCCUGGCGACAGGAAAGAAAACGCCUCUGCCUUACCGCAGCAUGUCCUGGGCAUGCGCACAAGUCUUCAUCCCGGCCUCCACCUUCCGCCGUCCGUCGGAAAGGGCGGGACUUUUCACAGCAGGUACCAAAACACUGCAUCUCGGGAGUUGUGGAAACUUGCGGGCGAAUAACCGGAAGGGGCGGAGAUAAUAACUCUGACGUUUCUUCCGGUUCCUCUCAGCUGUCACUGGGACAGCCCGGCCUCAUGGACUUGCUUUGUGUCUCCUCCGCCUUCCCUGACCCCGGAGCGGGGGCUCCUGCGGCCUUCGGCUCUCCCUCCGCCCCGACGUCUCCCGCGGCUCCUUUCUACUCCUACAGCCGCGGAGAGCUGAGUUGCCCCCGGGGGUCGGGGGUCUGUGCUGAGCGGAGCCGGCUGCCGGACCGUGCCUCGGGCGAUUCUCUUGGCAGGGAAGGAGAGCUUCUGCUGCUCCUGAGCGCCCUCCCGCCGCGUCCGGGCCAGGCUCCCCUCGGCCUGUGUCGGGAAUGGGCUGGAAGCGCAAGUGCUGCUCGUGCGCCUGGUCCUGGAAGCGGGGCCGAGUUAUUGGGGAGCGCGGGAGGGCUAGUUGUGGCCAGGGACAGCCUAACUCUUGUCUCUGAUCGCUUUCUUUCCCAGUUCUGCCCCGUGAGCCCUCUGUCUUCUCCCGGGAGCGGCAUGGCUCCGGUGUUCGGGACCGCUCCGGGCUACAGAGUCCAACAAGAAUUGGUGACAUUCAAGGAUGUAGCUGUGGACUUUACCCAGGAAGAGUGGAGAAACCUGGAUCCUUGGCAGAAGGAGUUAUACAGGGAUGUGAUGCUGGAGAAUUAUAGGAACCUUGUCUUCCUAGGACUUACAGUUUGGAAACCAGAUGUGAUCUCCCACUUGGAAGAAGAUAAAGGACCCUGGAUGCAGGACAGGGAAGUACUAACAACCAUCAGUCCAGAUUGGAAAACUAGUCCUGAAACCAAGGAACCAACUUAUGAAAAAUUGAGAAGGAAUGAUUCUCAUAUUCCUAAAUUGGGAGAAUCCUGGGAAUAUUAUAUAGGAUUGGAGGGAAUGAAGCAGGAGAUACAUUCUGGAAUUCCUACUGGAAAAAAACUUCAUAAAAGUCAUGAAUACAUAAAAGCCAUCUGGAGUACACACCUUGUUGAAUGUCAGACAAUUCAUAGUAGGAAAAAGCCUUAUGAAGAUAACGAUUGUAGGAAAGUCUUACCUUCCAGCUCAUUCUUUAUCCAACAGCAGAUCCUACAUACUGCAGAGAAACCUAAAGAAUGUGGAAAGACAUUUUGUUGGGACUCACAAUCUACCCGACAUAAAAGACUUCAUACUGGAGAGAAGUUUUAUGAAUAUCAUGUGUAUCCAGUAGAAUUCUCCUAUAGGCAGUACUUUAACAACCAUCAGAAAAUUCAUAAUAGAGAGAAGCGUUAUGAAUGUAAUCAUUGUGGGAAGGCCUUCCGUUGGAGAUCACAGUUAACUGCACAUCAGAGAAUUCAUACUGGAGAGAAACCUUAUGUAUGUAACUAUUGUGGAAAGGCCUUCUGUAGGAGAUCACAAUUAACUGUCCAUCAGAGAAUUCAUACUGGAGAGAAGCCUUACAAGUGUAAUGAGUGUGGAAGGGGAUUCCGCCAUAGUACAGAGCUAAAUCUUCAUCAGAGAAUUCAUGCUACAGAGAAGCCUUACACAUGUAACAAUUAUGUGAAGGUCUGCAACCAAAAUUCAGACUUUAUGCUACAUCAUAGAAUUCAUACUGGAGAAAAUCCUUACGAAUGUAACUAUUGUGGAAAGGCCUUCAAUCAGAGUUCACAGUUAACUCGACAUCAGAGAAUUCAUACUGGAGAAAAGCCUUAUGAGUGUAAUUAUUGUGGGAAGGCCUUUCGCCAGAGUUCACAUUUAACUCGGCAUCAGAGAAUUCAUACAGGAGAAAAACCUUACAAGUGUAAGGAUUGUGGGAAAGGCUUUCACCAGCGUUCAGAGUUAAUCCCACAUCAGAGAAUUCAUACUGGAGAGAAACCUUAUGAAUGUAAUUAUUGUGAGAAGGCCUUCCAUCGGAGUUCACAAUUAACUCGACAUCAAAGAAUUCAUACUGGAGAAAAACCUUACAAGUGUAACUACUGUGGAAAGGCUUUCCACCAGAGUUCACAGUUAACUCUUCAUCAAAGAAUUCAUACAGGAGAGAAGCCUUAUAAAUGUAAAGAUUGUGAGAAAGCCUUCCACCGCAGUUCAGAAUUAACUCUGCAUCAAAGAAUUCAUACUGGAGAAAAGCCUUAUAAAUGUAAGGAUUGUGGGAAGGCUUAUAACCGGAAUUCAGAGUUAACUUUACACCAGAGAAUUCAUACUGGAGAGAAGCCUUAUGAAUGUAAACACUGUUCAAAAACCUUCCGCCAAAGUUCACAUUUAAAUCGACAUCAGAGAAUUCAUACAGGAGAGAAACCUUAUAAAUGUAACUAUUGUGGGAAAGCCUUCCGCAACAAAGAACAUCUUAUCAUACAUCAGAGACUUCAUACUGGAGCCUUAUGAGUGUCAUGAAUUUGGGAAAUUUUUCCAUAAGAAUUUAUAAUUAAUUCUAUUUUAGAGUAUUCAUACUGGAGAGUAGCAAUAAACAUAAACUGAUUGUGGAAAACCUA